AUGGAGAAGCUAAAGAAACAACAGAAUGAAAUCAUGAGAAAACGUCAGAGACAGAGAGAUGGACACAAGGAUCCUCUGCUAACGGCGAACAGUAAGCUUCAGGAAGAGAUCACAGAGCAGAUUCGAGCUCUAAGGAGAGCUGCUGAAGAACCAUUGGAUGUGAAAAAAUAUCAGAAGCCAGAAAUCAAGGUGGAAUCUAAAGGAGAUGCCCAUAGUACUAAUAAACAAUCGUCAUCAAGUUCUAUAAAUUAUAAGUUUGUGGACCAUCGUUCUCACUGGUGUAGAUGUUGUAAUGUUGUUUCUAAUAAUAUACUGAUGAUGUGUAAACAUUUAAAAUCUAGAUCACAUCAACAGAAAGUAGAUCCCUAUGACAGACCCUGGACUAUUCACAGCAUGAAGAAGAACUCAGAAAGUAACAGUAAAGGCCCAGUCACAAAUUUACCACUUUCAGGUACAGAGUUUGUGAUGAGUGUUGAUGCAUUCUACUGUUCACUGUGUAACGAGUAUAUGGGAGAUAUACCAUCAGCUGAAGCUCAUUUAAACGAUAUUUCACAUUUUAAUACGUAUAAGGCUUACUUGGCUAAAAACCCAUUCUACGAGAAACGGUAUAUCCUGGAAAAGACGGCCAAACUCUCUAUAAAGAAGGAAGAAAGAGACCAAGAGCAGAAGAAG